AUGCUCCGAACUGCUCGUCGUCUCGCCGGGGCGGUCAGACCGCUCGGCAACGCCCCCCAGGUCCGCACCUUCGUCGCGGCAAAGCUGCCCGAUCUCGAUUACGACUACGGAGCGCUCGAGCCCGUCGUCAGCGGCGAGAUCAUGCAGCUGCACCACUCCAAGCACCACAACACGUACGUCACCAACUUUAACGUGGCGAUGGAGAAGUACUCUGAAGCGGAGAUCAAGGGUGACUACGCCACGAUGAUCUCCCUUCAGGGAGCGAUCAAGUUCAACGGCGGAGGGCACGUCAACCACUCCAUUUUCUGGAAGAACCUUGCCCCUGCGAAGGAUUGUGCGCCUCCUGACGGAGAGCUCCUUAAGCUCAUCGAACGUGACUUUGGCUCUCUCGCCAAGCUUCAAGAAAAGUUUUCCGCGCAGACCGUCGCCGUGCAGGGCUCGGGCUGGGGCUGGCUUGGGUAUGAUAAGGCUUCGGGUUCGCUCAAGAUUGCAACCACCGCGAACCAAGACCCAUGUGCAACUGUCGGCUUGACGCCUCUUCUGGGGGUCGACGUCUGGGAGCACGCGUACUACCUGCAGUACAAAAAUUUGCGCCCGGACUACGUCAAGGCGGUUUGGGAAAUCGUCAACUGGAAGAAUGUGGCGGAAAACCUCGCCGCGGCCAAGUAG